GAAAUUUAAUAGGUAAGUUACACAAGCAUAACCUCAUAUGAGUAUAUAAGUAAGUGAAUUCUCGUAGAAGAGAAAUUGAGUGAGAGCCUAUAAUUUUGUGUUUUUUACAGCCCAAAGAAAAAAAAACUACACCUGCCAAUCAACCCUAGAAUUUUGUUGGUUCUACUACACCUGCCAAUCAACACCUGAAUUUCAGUUCCACAUUUAAUCUUCAAACAUCUUAAACAUAAUGGAGAAAAUCUCAAUGAAGUUUGCCUUCCUUUUCUUUUUAGCAGUCACAUCCGUGAUGAGCAUUGAAACAGCUGAGGCAAGUCGGUUAUUACCAGAAAAAACUCCUCAAACUGUGUUACACCAUGAAGAAGCUUCUGCGCAGAUUGUGAAAUCCCAAAAUCGUCGCUGCAAAGAAGGGUGUCAUGUACAUUGUGUUCCCAAUCCAUUUAUUGUUCAAUGUAUUUGUGUCUGCUAAUUUCAGUUGCAUCUCGUUUAUUCAAAUAAAAUUUAUAAAUUUCAGUUUUAAUAAACUUUCAUUUCUAAUAAUAAUAUUUGUUUGAUCUUCGGUGUGCAUUGACCAUUACAUUUGAGAAUUUUAUGGAGAAAAUUCACACGGAUAUCCGAAAAAAGAUAAUAUGUACAGACAUACAUUUGAAGAUUGGG